ACGUGAAUCACCCGCCGUGCGGCUAUGACGCGCCUAUGUACAUAUAACGAUAAUGGCAAAGAUACGAUGUAUCCGGUAGGACGAGUGUAAAGUCCUCGGGAGACGAGGUGGAUUUAGACUACCUACCGGAGUCGGUGGACGAUUUCGAUCGGGGGCGAGACCUUGGACCAAAGGAGUAAGUACAAAACCGAGAACUUGGAAUGUUUCUUGGACAAAGAUUCCAAGUUCCGAUACGGUCUCGAUCGAGGCAGUAAACGGUUUCCACCCAGUUUCGGUCAGGCCUCGCCGUUGGGAGUGAUUUAGGGUCCACGUAAACUGAAUGAAGAGCCAAGACCCGGAAAAAAGGAAGAAAUUCCCGUAAGACGACGACCGGAAUAAACCGGCGAACGAGCUUGACGGACGUGUGUACCUUGCGGAAACAAUGAGCACCUUCAGCCGGCUAUUUUCGACGUGUCUUCGCCGGUGGAGGCGAAAAUCUCUUUACUCUUCUCCACCCCCUGACCGACGUCAUCGGGCAAAUAUUUUCCCGGUUUCAGGUUCGCUUCGCACUUUGACCAGCCUCGUGUACCUAUGAGACAUCCAGAAGCGACAUCGGGGUGGAAACGAGAAGGCAAGGGGCGGCGAUCGCAAACGGAACCUCGGAUAGGCAAGCCUAUGACGCAUUCUCUCGGCGACCUUUGACCCUCGGCGUUGCCUCCACCUCGCUAGGUGCGCCAUCACCGAGGCGAAUGGCGGACACGCAUAGGUGGCCGAAACCUGGCCGGAUUCGUAAAACUGAAAGCUCCUGGACAAAAAGCCGACCUCUCGAACAACUGUGCGCCAUGUGUGCGCCACUUGCGCUCUCCCUUCUCCUCCCCUCAAGCCAGGAGGCCCCACUCGACCUGACUUGGCCAUCUCGCAACUCCCGCCCUCGCCCAGAGAAUCCGGAGGACCGGAAUUCGUAUUCGGCACCUAGACCUGGGAACCCUCCUCGAAGGUUUACUUACCGCUGAUUCAUUGCGUAGACCGAAUGAAAAACUUGGCUGGUAUACAGCGGUGACUUUGCCGGAGAUAAGGCAACUAUCUUUUCUAUCCUUAUCUUUAUCCUUAUGGGCAAGAGUCGCUUGCUUCUCUAUUUGCGGAGAGAUGGAAACGCAAAAUGGAGUAGAAUAAUGCUCAAUGCUCGGUAAAUAUUUACCGAAGGUUUCCAAACAUCCACUACCGGUUGGCUUUCGUAAUCCUUAACCUUAAGAUACCUCAAAUCGGGGGGAUUUUCUUAAUCCGCUUAACUGUAGUCGAUGCAUUUGUCGUUCUAAAAUAACUACUUAGAUUUGCGGUAGCAAUUAUCCCGAUUCUAAAUUAUUUGGGUUUAUGGCAGGGCGUCGUUCUACUACAUUGAUCAAUUAUUGACGAGGAGCCUUUUAAAAGUAGGAUUUUUAUGACACACGUGGGGUCCUCUCCCAGCACUUUCUGAAUCUGGAGAGCAGAGGCUCUUUCCUUGGCGACGUACCGCGACGAUGUAAUCAACUCCUCGACGAGCGCCAGAUAGAGGGCAUAGGUAUUCGUUUCUCACAAGUAACGCAGUCAGAAAAACCGAGCAGCCCUUCUCGAGGAUCUCCCGUGCAUCGUAAAUCACUCGUUCGGAAUCGUUAAGUCUAGAGGAGCGGAUGCAGGCGAACGAUAAGUCGCCAUCACGGAACGACCAAGCUCUAUAAAAAACAACAGAUACGGAAUUUAUCUUCCUAUCAAGAGACCUCCAAUCAGUCGGAGCACCACCGAUUCUCCAAUAAAUCCCGCAUGAAAUGUCCACGGGACCAUAAACGUUACAUCUACAUAACAUUCCAUUUGGCAUGAUCACGUGGGAAAUAUUGGACUCCUAAUGGCGGUACUAGGAGAGGAGGAGACCGUGUCCAAAGUGUCCAGGUGCAACAUGCGGCAAACUCUCGAUGCAAAAAGGGAAGCAUCAACGCAAAGGUCGCAAGGGAGAGAGAGAGAGAGAGAAGCAGCUCUCGACCAGGCGAGUUUGCACGAAGCAUGGACCAAGGGCCUCGGUCAUGGUCGCCAUAUGGGCAGCAGCCCUGGGGGCUGUAAACGCGCACCUUCCCCGUAUGCCCCGUAUGCGGGCCAGAUUUUCCGGCCUAGGUGCGCCGCCGACUCACGGACACGCGGCCAAAACAAUGCACGAACGGCCCGGGGACACCUAUGCGUGGCACACGCGUGCACCGCCAUGGCAGGCCCCAUGAGAACCUCUGGAACCGAAAUCUCUCAUCUCGCACCGACCCGAGUCGGGUGCAACACGAGGCGGCCUUCUGAACAAACAGAGCCGAGACUCGCGAUACUAGGAGCAAAUCGCCCGAGGAUGCAGAGCGAAUCUGCAUCCUCGGAUCUCUCAGCUGAACCUGAACGAGAGAGAAAGGCACGCUCGGAUAAGAGUUAAUUGGCAUAAAUAUUUAUUCGUGUAUGGAUCGGACGGACGAAUCGGUUGCCUGGGAUGAAUUGAACCUCGAGGCCAGCUAAUUUAAGGCAGUCUAAUUGUUGGGUGCACGUAUACGUGCCACACGGAUUCGAAAGGUACCCCGAGAUGGUUAAAGGGACCGCCAUUUGGCCAGCUACGGGGAUUUAAAGGGAUAGCGGUUACGCAUUUUGGGAAGGUGUGCACUGCAAAAUGCUGCCACGGUGGCAAUGGCUAUUGGAUAUGCGGGGGGCCAGCCCAACGAGGGGAGCAAAGCUAAGCCAGUAAUGCAAUAACUUGAAUAGAUGCGCAUGCACCCGGAAAGAACAUAACCUACCCUCCGCAUAGGUACAUACGAGUGUAUGCACAUACGUGCUACGGACCAACGUGGAGCGACGAGGGUCGCUCGAGGGGAUUCGUCCCGCGGGGAGGUACGUUCGUAUUACAAGUACCUAGACUGUAUUUGGGAUACAUGCGAACGUACCGGCACAAAGGAUCUCUGCCGUAAUUAAUCUCCAUAUCGAUCGACGUCCCGCAAUCUGGAUAGUCAAGGUUUUCUAAUUAAAAAGAAAUACCGAUAAACUCUGACAUACUGUAAGAGAGAAAACUCGCAAACGUAACAUUUGUUGGAACAUUAGGGCCAAGUGUUAAAAUGAAGAAUAUUUUAUUAAAUCCGUCAAGCGCCGACCUCGAGAUGGGAAUGCACAUUUAAAUCGUACACCUGCCAUGGUUGCUCUUUAAAAGCUCCGCACAUGCUUUAAAAGGUACUUCCAGACAAAUCGUUUUUGCCGCUGAUCACGGCAUCCCGGGACGAAGGGAUGGUGGAAAAGUGAAUGGAAAGAUCGUAACUUCCACCUUCGGAGUAAUAGUGCGUCGCCUUUACCAUCCACUAGGAAGAACGGGAAAGACAAUCGGGCGACGUCGGACCAUCGACCCGCCGUAGACGGAGAUCCGUAGUGGAAAUAUCGAAGCACGGUCGAGCCAUAAUAAGGGUGGCCAAUCUACGAGCGAGAGGAGAGGAAGGCGCGUGCACGCGUGUGCACCCCGUAGGUCUCCUCGUAGGUUCUGUCCUAGGGCAAUAUAUGAUGGAGAUGAACAUCAAAAGUUUAUGGAUAAAUUGGUUGAAAGAAUUAAGAGUCAUGACAAGGAUAUCGAGCGAAUGUGUAAUCAUCAUUAUCAAGGCUUCAUAGAUUCUAUAAGAGAACUCCUGCGAGUUCGUUCCCAAGCAGAACAACUUAAAGUUCAGAUAUUAGAAUUGGAUAAACACAUUAGUGCAACGACAUCUAAAGUGAUAGAAAAAAGAGAAGAAUUGGUAAAUGCUCGAAAAGUUGAAAGCAAUAUGGCAGCAGCUGUAGACAGUUUAACAAUGUGUCUUCCUGUACUAGCUGCAUAUGCAAAGUUGCAGAGACAAUUAAAAGAUAAGCGUUACUACCCUGCACUUAAAACUCUUGAACAAUUGGAACAUCACGAUCUUCCAAAGGUUACUAACUAUAGGUUUUCUUUACAAAUUACAGAACAGAUUCCAGUGUUACGUGAAAAUAUAAAAAAUGCUUCAAUGUCUGAUCUACGUGACUUUCUAGAGAAUAUCAGAAAGUAUUCGCCAAAAAUUGGAGAUGUUGCAAUGCGACAUACUGCUGAACAGUUAACAAGUGAGGCUGAAAUUAUUGGACGUAAGAAAAAGCAGUCUCAACUGAAUUCCUCGAUAGGUGACACGGAAGAAGAACUAAGUGCACAAGACCUUAUGGACUUUAGUCCUGUUUAUCGCUGUAUGCAUAUAUAUACCGUGUUAGGUGAAGGUGAUACUUUUAAAUCUUAUUACAGACAGCAAAGGAAGCAACAAGCUAGACUAGUUUUACAGCCUCCCAUAAAUAUGCAUGAAAGCAUAGGAGGAUACCAAUCAUAUAUUUAUGGAAUCUUAGGAUUUUUUGUAGUUGAAAAUCAUAUUUUGAAUACUGGCAAUGGAUUGGCAACACGGGCUUAUCUGGAGGAACUGUGGUCUAUGGCACUGUCUAAAAUUGUAAAUGCCCUCCGAACCCAUUCGGCUUAUUGUACGGAUGCGGUGCUGAUUCUAAAAAUAAAAAAUUUAAUAAUGCUAUUCAAUACAACAUUGAGAAAUUACGGGUAUCCUGUGGGACAAUUGUGGGAUUUGCUACAAGAGAUUAGAGUGCACUACAAUGAGGUUUUGAUGCAGCAUUGGGUUCAAGUGUUCAGGGACAUUUUGGACGCGGACAGUUUCCUACCAAUCCAGGUUUCAUCACAAGAGGAAUAUGAUAACGUUCUUGGUUCAUUUCCAUACCAUGACGAAGAACUGCAACAGGCAGAUUUUCCAAAAAAGUUUCCCUUCUCAGCAAUGGUACCUAAAGUGUAUCAGCAAGUAAAAGAAUUCAUUUACGCUUGCCUUAAAUUUUCGGAGGACUUGAAUUUAACGCAAACGGAGAUAGAUGAAAUGAUUCGGAAAUCGACCAAUUUAUUGUUAACACGGACAUUUAGUGGGUGUCUUACGUCGCUCUUUCGGAAGCCAUCCUUGGCACUUUUACAAGUUGUACAAAUUAUAAUCAACACGGGUUAUCUGGAGGAUUCAACAAAAUAUUUAGAGGAAUUUGUUUCUAAUAUUACUGGUACACCACAUGAGGGCCAAUUGAGUUUUGGAGGAGUUCAGUCUGCUAUGUUCAGAGUAGCGAGGGAUGAUGCUGAGAAGCAGAUCUGCGAUAAAUUGAAGCAAAAGCUUGAUGAAUUUCUGGAGUUAGAAAAUUAUGACUGGAAUUUAGCUGAACCACAAGGGCAUGCUUCUGGUUUCAUUACAGAUUUAAUAGCAUUUCUUCAAAGUACUUUUACAUGUUUCACUAAUCUACCUGAAGAGGUUGCGCAAGUUGCGUGCAAGUCAGCUUGUUCUCAUAUAGCUAAAUCAAUACUUCGAAUAUUAAUCAGUGAAGAUGUAAAGCAAAUUUCUAUGGGUGCCCUCCAUCAAGUAAAUCUUGAUACAAUACAGUGUGAACAAUUCGCUGCUUCGGAACCAGUUAUAGGAUUACCGGAGGGAACAUUGCUUCAGUUCUUUGCACAACUUAGACAACUGCUUGAUUUGUUUAUGAGUUGGGAUUGGCCUACAUAUUUUCAUGAUUAUGGUCAUGAGUCCAGUAAAUAUAAUCUAGUCCCGCCUAACAUGGCAGUACUAUUACUAGAAAAGUUAAGAGAGGCUGAUAAAAAAACGGUAUUUUCGGUACUGAAAAAAAGUGAGAGAGAUAAAAAGAAAUUAUUGGAAACAGUACUAAAGCAAUUACGGCAGUUGGCGCAGACCACUCAACAGUAACCUAUUAGA